AUGACGGAACGGUCAGUAACACCUUCGACCAACCCGACCAAUGGCGACCUGUUGGCCGCAAACGCCGCCUUGCUCGCAGAAAAUGAGCGAAUGGCCGAGCUAUUGGCGGCCAUGCAGAACAACGACAAACGGAAAGCUAACAAGAAGGCGAACACCGAUCAACAUGAAGAACAUCAGUCUGAGUCGAAUGCGAAGACGGCAGAGACCAACUCCGGGACAGCAAGACGACGAAUUAGCCCCUUUUCAGAAGAAAUAAUGAGUUUUAAAAUGCCUAAAAACUUUACCCUUCCAAUGACCUUGACGCCGUACAAGGGGAUCGGAGACCCUAAAAUCCACAUUACAAAAUUUGAAUCUAUAAUGUUAUUAAACAGCGACUCCGAUCCCAUCUUGUGCCGGUCUUUUCCCACAUUCUUAGAUGGAGCUGCUUUAUUAUGGUUCUCUAACUUACCUGCAGGACCAAUAACAGGCUUUGACGAGUUUGCCAAGCUGUUUAUAAAUCAUUUUGCAGCGUCUAAGAUCUACGUGCGAGACUCAGAUUACCUCAGCACGAUCAAACAAGGACAACACGAGAGCUUAAAGGACUACAUAAUGCGGUUCACAGAAGCGGCUAUGCAAAUUCCAGAUCUUAACCCCGAGGUGCAACUCCAUGCCAUCAAAAGCGGCCUUCGCCCCGGAAAAUUCCAUGAGGCAAUCGCAGUAGCAAAGCCGAAAACACUGGAGGAGUUCCAGGAAAAAGCCCAGGGUCAGAUUGAGAUUGAAGAGCUCAGGGAAGCCCAUAUAAUCAAGGAGAUUCUGCAUAACAAACUGAUUAGACCACCAGUCAGAGCAGGAUCAUACCAAGAUCAGAAAUAUGUUGACAAAAGCAAGCACUGCGCCUUCCACCAGAAGUUUAGACAUACAACAGACGAAUGUGUAAUGGCAACUGGAAAGAUUGGCGAGACAGGGGCUCCUAGACAAGUACGUCUCAGCGAGAAAACAACAUGA